UUGAAUAUGUCUGGACGCGGUAAAGGAGGUAAAGUAAAGGGAAAGAGCAAGACCCGCUCAUCCCGCGCCGGGCUUCAGUUUCCCGUCGGUCGUAUCCAUCGUCUUCUCCGUAAGGGGAACUAUGCUCAACGUGUUGGUGCCGGAGCCCCAGUCUACUUGGCCGCUGUGAUGGAAUAUUUGGCUGCUGAGGUGUUGGAAUUGGCAGGAAAUGCUGCCAGAGACAACAAGAAAUCAAGAAUUAUUCCCCGUCACUUGCAGUUGGCCAUCCGUAACGACGAAGAAUUGAACAAGCUUUUGUCAGGAGUGACCAUCGCCCAGGGUGGUGUUCUUCCCAACAUCCAAGCUGUCCUUCUCCCCAAGAAGACUCAGAAGGCAGCCAAGUAAAUUACUUAUUACGGAGGCAUUUGUGCUUUAUCCAUAUCAACGGUCCUUUUCAGGGCCUCUCA